CAGGUGUGGCAAUCAAUCAUUGAGUUCACACACCUGUCGGGCGGAGUGCACAGUGUGAUGGCUGCUGUGUAUUGAACGCCUUACCUCAGCCUGUGUGUACACACCUUGCUCUGAGACAGGAUGCUCGAGUACAGAUGACUGACUAUACAUCAAGGACUUGAGAGAUUUGUCACGGUCAGGUGUGUUCGGCCUUUACACACAAGUCACUGCUAUCUUUGAUAUUUACACUGGUGACAGCAGGCAGUGUGUGUUAAUGCUGUCAUCCAACUUUCGAUUUGACAUUUUCUCGGAAAAUGGUGUAACAGCUGGAGGACUUAGUACAGAGAAUUCAAGUGAGCCUGAAGAAUAGCGAGACAUUGCAUUGAUCCUGAGGAGCUUUUUACAUUGUCCUCGAACAUAAAUCUUUCUGAUAAAAACAUUUGCUAGACGUGCGAGAAUACUUGUCUCUGGCAAGCACUUCAGUUGACUGACAGGGAGAGGGAGACGUGUUACCUGUUCUGUCAUCUUCCCUGUUGAGUUGUGUCUGAGCAAGCGCAGAGUAUGACUUCAUCACUAAAUACGAAGCAGACAGAACUUCAAAAAUAUCUCGAAGAGAUACAAGACUUGAAGACUAAACACCGCGAGACCCUUGAGCACAACGUCACACUACAGCGCGUGCUGAAAGAUGAAAGAGACAAAAGUGAGCGACAGAGACGAGAGACUCAAGCUGAGCGAGAUGCUGAUAACAGAGAUAAAGAAGACUUGUAUGAACAGAUACUGACUUUACAGUCAAAGGUCCAGACACUGGAGAGUGAAAAUUGUGCGAUUGUCAGAGAGAAGGAAGGCAUGCAAGGAGAACUACUGGAGCUAAGACAACAGUCUACGAACUAUCAAGCUGUCAUGGCUAAUGUUGCCCGUGAAAUGGCUCAGCUUAGACAGACCAGUCAGGACCUUUGUGGGCGACUACAUGUCCUGGAAGCACAAAAGACAGAAUCAGAAAACAAUAUGGCGAAACUUCGUCAAGAGAAGGAAAUACUACUGGGGCAAGUGGUUCAAGCUCAGACAGAGAGUCAGGAACUGAGGCGACAGGCCAACACCCAGGUUACUAACAUCAAUAAUCUUACAGGUGCCUUUCAAGCGAUGCAAAGACAGUUCACGUUGCUACAAGCAGACGCCGACAGAGACCGACAGGAGGUCCAAAGGCUUGAAGCCCACCUGCAAGGGGCACGUGACCUCGUGCGGUCACGUGAGGAAACCAUUGCUGCGCUGAGAGAGGAUAUCCGCAAGCGUGACGCCGACCUGGAGGCUGCACGCACUCGGCAACAAGACCUGGAGAGCGUGCUGCGCGCGAGGAGCGUGCACGUGUGGCGGUACCAGACGGAGGUGGAGGAAGGCAGAAAAACAAUACGUGUUCUGCAGGAAGAGGUGAAGCUACAAAGUUUUCGAGACAAGAGUCUGAGCUUCAACAGUAAAUAAAAGAAUGCGAGUCAGUUGAUGGACUUCGUCGACAUUCCUUUCAUAGCGUGCCAUGUAUUAUUAUAUAUUAAAAUGUUAUGUACAUAUCUUACAACACAAAUGUUUAUGUAUGUUGUAAAUAUUUGUAAUAAAUGUUAUGAUAAUGUAUCUACAUAGAUGUAUAAGAAACUAUUUUAUUAAUGCACUGUUGAUGGUGAAUUAAACGAUUUCUGUUUUUGUUAA